AUGGAGGAGCGUGUUCACGAUGGGGUGGCCUCGCCGGCCGCUCCUGGGAUCGGGAAAUCCAAGCUGGAAACAUUGCCCAAGGAAGAUCUUAUCAAGAUUGCCAAGAAGAAGAUGAUGCUAAUACAGAAAGCUAAAUCAAGAUGUACAGAAUUGGAGAAAGAAAUUGAAGAAUUGAGAUUGAAACCUGUUGCUGGAGGAACUGAUGAUAUUAUUAAGGCAUUGACCAUACGUCUGGAUGCUAUUCUUUUGGAAAGAGCAGAGACUGAGCAACGGUGUGUUUCUUUGAAGAAGGAAAAUAUUUAAAUGAAGCAAGAGGUUGAGGAUUCUGCAACUAAGUUGGAAGAUGUGCACGAGGAGUUUGAACAAUCACAAAGAAACUAUGUGAAAGAAAUGGAAAAUUUGAAAAAUGAAUUAAUGGCAGUACAUUCCAAAUACAGUAACGAUAAAGCUGGUUGGCAAAAGGAACUGGAAGAAGCAGCAAAAAAAAAACAAUUAGAGCUUUCAGAACAAAUCAAAUUUCAGAGUGAUUCUGAAGAUAAUGUUAAAAAACUACAGGAAGAGAUUCAGAAAAUUAAGCCAGCCUUUGAGGAGCAGAUUUUAUGUCUGCAAAAGCAGUUAGAAGUUGCCACAAAUGAAAAGGAGUGAGAAAUUACUCAUCUCCAAGGAGUCACUGAGGCUAAUUCUCAGCAGUACCAAAAAGAAAUUAAUAGUUUGCGAGAAGAACUUUUACAGUUGAAAUCUACACACCAAGAAGAGGUGAAAGAAUUGAAGUGCCAAAUUGAAGCAUCUGCUAAAGAACAUGAAGCAGAAGUAAAUCAUUUAAACCAGCUAAAGGAGAACUUAGUCAGCCAGUGUGAGCCAAGUGAGAAGAACCUUCAGGAGAAAUAUGAAUGUGAAUUAGAAAAUGCAAACCAGGAAAAUCAAACGUAAAACGCAAACCAGGAAAAUCAAAUGUGUUCUUUGCUCUUACAGGAAGAUACUCUUGUAGAAUAAGCAGUAAAUGAAAAAGUCAAAUACUUAGAAGAUACCCUAAAAGAACUGAAGUCUCAACAUAGCAUCUUAAAAGACGAGUUAACUUACAUGAAUAAUCUUAAAUUAAAACUUGAAAUUGAUGCCCAGCAUACAAAGGAUGAGUUUUUUCACGAACGGGAAGAUUUAGAGUUUAAAAUUAAUGAAUUAUUACUAGCUAAAGAAGAACAGGGGUGUGUAAUUGAAAAACUAAAAUCUGAGCUAGAAGAUUCAAAUAAACAAUUUUGCUGUACCAUAGAACAACAUAACAAAGAAGUACAGAGUCUUAAGGAAAAACCAAAAGAAAUAUCAGAACUAAAUGAGGCAUUAUUGUCAGGUUCAGAAAAAGAAAAAUUAACAUUGAUGUUUGAAAUACAGGGUCUUAAGGAACAAUGUGAAAACCUACAAAAAGAAAAGCAAGAAGCAAUUUUAAAUUAUGAGAGUUUACGAGAGAUUAUGGAAAUUUUACAAACAGAGUUGGGGGAACCUGCUCGAAAAAUAAGUCAAGAGUUUGAAUCAAUGAAGCAACAGCAAGCAUCUGAUGUUAAUGAACUUCAGCAGAAGCUCAGAACUGCAUUUAAUGAAAAAGAUGCUCUUCUUGAAACCGUGAAUCGUCUCCAGAGAGAAAAUGAAAAGUUAUUAACACAGCAACAAAUUGUACCAGAACUUGAAAAUACCAUAAAGAACCUUCAAGAAAAGAAUGAAGUAUAUUUAGUUAGUCUCAGUCAGAGAGAUACCAUGUUACAAGAAUUUGAAGCAAAGAUAAGUUCUCUUACUGAGGAAAAAGAUGAUCUCAUAAGUAAAAUUAAAAGUUCUCAUGAAGAGGUGGAGACUGUCUAUCACAGACGUGAACGGGGAGAAGGGAUUAUUGUAGGACCCAGGGAGAAAGUGGAGCAGACUACCCAGUACAACAGUGAGCUAGAACAGAAGGUAAAUGAAUUAACAGCACAACUAGAAGAAACCUUAAAAAAGGAUCAAAGUGACGAAAAACUGGAAAAGCUUAUGGCUCAGUUGAAAACUCUCUCUGAAGACCAGGAAGCAGUGUCGUCUGAAGUGAAGUCUCUUCAUGAAGAAAAUAGUAGACUGAGUUCAGAAAAGAACCAGUUGAGCAGGGAUUUGGAAGCUCUCCUGUCUCAAAAAGAAGGAGAUUUUAUGCUGAAGGAGCAGAUUUCUGAAUUAGAAAAGAAACUUCAGUUAACAGUUGAAGAAAAAGAUAAUUUAAAUAAACUGUUGGGAAAUGAGCAAGUUCAGAAAUUAUUUGUCAGAGCUCAGUUGUGUGGUUUUCUUGAACAAAUGGAGUCAAAAGUUUCAGAAGAAAGUGAAGAACAAGAUGUUGUAAGUGUCCUACAAGCUGUAGGUGAAUCCUUAGCUAAAAUAAAUGAAGAAAAGCACAACUUGGUCUUCCAGUAUGGUAAAAGGGUAGCAGAGUUAGAAAAAGAGAUUAAGUUCCUCCAAGAAGAGAGUGUGAUUGAAUGUGAGAAACUUAGGUCUUUACUAAGAGACCAUGAGGUAGAGAAAGCUCUCUUAAGGAAAGAGUUAGAAGAAACCCUCUUGGAAAAAGAGGCCCUGCAGUCUGAUCUUCUAGAAAUGAAGAAUGCUAAUGAACAAACAAGGCUUGAAAAUCAGAAUCUCCUAAUUCAAAUUGAAGAAUUAUCUCAAAAAUUAUGUAGCAAAAAUGAAAACCAUAAUGAAAAAGAAAAAUAUUUUAUAAAGGAGCUUGAAAACCUAAGGCCAUUACUAGAACAAAAAGAAUCAGAAUUGCAAGAUGUGAGAGCAGAGUUGAGAUCAUUAAAGGAUUCCUUAGAGAAAUCACCUUCUGUAGAAAGUGAUCAACCUUCAGUAAAAGAGUUUGAAGAAAAAAUAGCAUAUCUGGAAGAAGACUGCAAAGACAAACAGGAGAAAAUAGAGAAGUUAAAGCUAGUUGCUUUGAAGGCAAAGAAAGAACUAGGUUUUAGCAGAAAAGAGGCCCAGACACUACGGGAAGAACUUGAAUCUGUUCGUUCAGAAAGGGAUCAGGUGUCUACUUCCAUGAGAGAUCUCAUUCAAGGAGCAGAAGGCUAUAAGAAUCUUGUAUUGGAAUAUGAUAAGCAGUCAGAGCAGUUGGACCUGGAGAAAGAACGGGCUAAUAAUUUUGAGCACCAAGUAGAAGACCUUACAAGACAAUUAAGGAAUCUGGCUUUUCAGUGUGAAAAAUUAAACUCAGAUAAUGAAGACCUCCUGGCCCAUAUUGAGACACUGCAGUCUAACACCCGGUUAUUAGACGUGCAGAUUUUGGAAGUCCACAAAGCCAAGGCCAUGGCAGACAAAGAGUUGGAAGCUGAAAAACUUCAGAAAGAGCAGAAAAUAAAGGAGCAUGCCAGUUCUGUAAACGAACUUGAAGAGCUUCAGCUACAACUGCAAAAGGAAAAGAAACAGCUUCAGAAAACCAUGCAAGAAUUAGAGCUGGUUAGAAAGGAUGCCCAACAAACCACAUUGAUGAACAUGGAAAUUGCUGAUUACGAACGUUUGAUGAAAGAAUUAAAUCAAAAGUUAGCUAAUAAGAACAGCAAGAUAGAAGAUUUGGAACAAGAAAUAAAAAUCCAAAAACAGAAACAAGAAACCCUGCAGGAAGAAAUGACUUCGCUGCAGGCUUCAGUACAACAGUAUGAGGGAAAAAACACCCAAAUCAAGCAGUUGCUUGUGAAAACCAAAAAAGAACUGUCAGAUUCAAAGCCAGCGGAAACUGAUCACUUAAUACUUCAAGCGUCUUUAAAGGGCGAGCUGGAGGCAAGCCAGCAGCAAGUAGAAGUGUAUAAAAUUCAGCUGGCGGAAAUGACGUCGGAGAAGCACAAAGCUCACCAGCACCUGAAGGCGUCCGCGGACCAGCAGCAGCGCACGCUGGGCGCCUACCAGCAGAGGGUGGCAGCCCUGCAGGAGGAGUGCCGCGCAGCCAGGGCAGAACAAGCUGCUGUCACCUCUGAAUUUGAGAGCUACAAAGUCCGAGUUCACAACGUUCUAAAACAACAGAAAACUAAGUCUGUGUCUCAGACGGAGACCAACGGAGCCAAACAAGAAAGAGAUCAUCUGGAAAUGCUGAUUGACCAACUAAAGAUCAAAUUACAAGACACCCAAAAUAACUUACAGUCGGAGAACUCCGCGAUGAAGUCUGAGCAUGCACAGACCGUGAGUCAGCUCUCGGCCCAGCACGAGGCCCUGCGUGGCAGCUUCCGAGACCAGGUGCUGCAGCUGCAGGAGGAGCACCGGCGGACGGUGGAGACGCUGCAGCAGCAGCUGAGCAGGCUGCAGGCCCAGCUCUUCCAGCUCCAGAGCGAGCCGUCCACAAGAAGCCCAGCUUCUUCCCAGCAACCUUUGAGGAGCCUUCGAGAAAGGAGAAGCACAGACCUCCUGCAUCUGGAUGUGCCGGCCACGACCCGGGAGGAGGGGGAGGAGAUGGAGACCACAGACACCAAGUCCGUAUCUUCCGCUGGCAUCCACCCGCAGUCCUUAGAGCAGCUGCUCCGUUCUCCCGAAGCCAGACUCGAGCCUCCUUCCUGGCACGCUGAAUUCACCAAAGAAGAAUUGGUUCAAAAGUUCAGUUCCACCACAAAAAGUGCCGACCACUUAAACGGGCUGCUUCGGGAAACAGAAGCCACCAACGCCAUCCUCACGGAGCAGAUUAAGCUUCUGAAGAGUGAAAUAAGGCGGCUGGAGAGGAACCAGGCACAAGAGCAGUCGGCCGCCAACCUGGAAUACCUGAAGAACGUGCUGCUGCAGUUCAUCCUCCUGAAGCCGGGAAGCGAGUGGGCACGGCUGCUGCCCGUCGUGGACACGAUGCUGCAGCUCAGCCCCGAGGAGAAGGCCAGGCUGGCCGCCGCCGCCCAAGGUGAGGAGGAAAAUGCUUCCCGUUCCUCCGGCUGGGCGUCCUAUCUGCACAGCUGGUCUGGACUUCGAUAGACCGAUGGGAAAAGCAUUAUUUAUUAACCAAAUAGAAUCCAUUCGGCA